GUGAUUCAGUCGACACACAAAGGAGACGCUGCUGCUUCAUUCAUUCAUGUAUUCAUUUAUUCAUGUCUUCAUCAGAGCGUGUGACCCUGUGAGGAGUGAGAUGUCUAUCUGCAGGAUCUCUGUUCUCUCAGCUGUGCUGCUGAUGUCAUCGUGGUACGUUCAGGGUCUGCGUGUGGACAUGUUUCCCAGAAGGCCUCUGUUCAGACUGGGCGAGCGUCAGCAGCUGGAGUGUCGGGUCCGAGACUGUCCCAGAAUGCCGAGUGUGUCCUGGUCUCUGAUGGGGGACCGACCGCUGACGGCAUCCAUCAGCACCAACAGAAGCCACUCCGUGGUGACCUUUGACCCCGUCAUGAUGGAGCACGAAGGAGCUCUGCUGUGUCGAGUCAACUGUGGAGGAGACCAGAGGCAGGCCACCACGCCUGUGCACGUUUACUCCUUCCCAUCAGCCCCUCUGAUCACAGGCCAGGACCGCCUGCAUCUGGGGGCGGAGUCUGUCCUCACCUGUCAGGUGUCUGACGUUUACCCCGCUGAGCUGCUGACCGUCAGCUGGCUCCAAGGAGAUGCUGUCCUGCAGAGAAUUGUUGGAGACGCUGGAUCGCUCUCGGUGCGGUCUGAGUACAGGUUCACGCCUCAGGAUCAGGACUCUGGAGGAAACAUCAGCUGCAGCGCCACGCUGGAUCUGCAGGACCUGCCAGCUGAGGACAGGACCAGAGACACCACCGUUCCCCUAAACCUGCUCUAUGCUCCCAUUGUCACGGCGAUAUCAGACUCCGUGUUGGUGAUGGCCGGCUCUCCGCUCACACUCAGCUGCUCUGCGAAAGGAAACCCGGAGCCGAUGAUCACCUGGAGCUUCAGAGCUGCAGACAGCCAAUCUGAGUGGAGACGUGGAGGUCAUAUGCUAGUCAUGUGGGCGGUGACUCUGUCUGAUGCUGGAUGGUACGACUGUGAGGCGUGGAACAGCGAGGGGAACCAGACCGCCGGGCUGCAGGUCACUGUUCACGCUCUGCCCACCAACACCUCCCUCUUGGUGAGUCCAGGUGAGCAGGUCAUGGAGGGUCAGCAGGUGACCUUUACCUGCCACUCAGACGGAGCUCCGCCCCCUACACUGGUACUGAGGAGGGAUGGGGCGGAGCUUCAGAGGACUGACACCGCCUCCUCCUCCUCGCUCUCCUUCAGCCUCUCCUCCGCCCAUCUGGAAGACUCCGCCCACUACCAGUGUGAAGCCUCCAACCAAUACGGGUCCCAGCUGGUCACCAGCUCUGUCACUGUCACAGCUCAUCCUCUGCAGGUGGACCUGAGUUCUCACGUCUCUGCAGCAGAGCGGGGUUCAUGUCUGCUCCUCACCUGUAGAGCCUUUGGAUGUCCCCACCCUCCAACCCUCACCUGGAGGAGGACAGACCAGAACCAGACCAUCCUCCAGAGGAUGGACCAGAACCAGACUGUCCUCCAGAGGAUGGACCAGAACCAGACCGUCCUCCAGAGAAUGGACCAGAACCAGACCAUUCUCCAGAGAACAGAACAGGACGGACUGUCCCUGCUCCGCGUGCAGGACCUAGACCUCCAGGAUCAGGGAGGAUACAGCUGUGAGGCCAAGUGUGGCUCCGUCAUCAGAACUGGAUCCAUCCAGGUCCAUGUCUACUCGUUCCCAUCUGAUCCGGUUCUGGAGGAUCCUGGUCCAGUCCUUCUGGGUCAGGAGGCGGUCCUUCAUUGUAACGUAAGCAGCGUCUUCUCAGCCAAUCAGAUGAGGAUCCUGUGGCUGUCGGGGAACAUGACACUGAUGUCAGAGUCCUUCAGGUUCUCCGGUUCCCUACAGAAUGUCUCGUCUGUUCUUCAGCACCUGGUCCAGGAGGAUCAGCAGGUUCUGACUUGCAGGGCAGAGCUGCUGAUGGAGGACGGAGACGUGUGGAGGUCCAGGACGACCAGCAUCCCCCUGCAGGUCCACUAUCCUCCGAGGAGAACCUCCCUCUCAGUGAGUCCAGGUGAGCAGGUGAUGGAGGGUCAGCAGGUGACCUUUACCUGCCACUCAGAGGGAGCUCCGCCCACCACACUGGUGCUGCGGCGGGAUGGGGCGGAGCUUCAGAGGACUGAUCCCACCUCCCCAUCACUCUCCUUCAGCCUUUCGUCAGUCCAGCUGGAAGACUCUGCCCACUACCAGUGUGAAGCCUCCAACCAGUAUGGGUCCCAGUUGGUCACCAGCUCAGUCACCAUCACAGCUCCUCCGAGGAACACCACGGUCCUCGUCCUGCCGUCUACGGUGGUCCAGGAGGGACAAAAUGUCACCGUCUGCUGCCAGACCAUCAGCUUUCCGCCAUCAGCCGUGAUCCUGAAGAAGCUGACCAAUGGGACAGAGCUAUAUUCCACGAACGGCACCUUCCUAUUGGUCAAUGUCACGGCCAAAGACUCUGGGCUUUACCAGGUCAACGUGACCAACCAGCUCGGAUACCAGGUCAAAGUGUUCAGCAUCAGUGUCAGAGAGAGAAGCUCCAGUCCUCCUCCCAGUCUGAGUGCUGUCAUCGUCCCAGUCAUCUGCGUCGCCGCCGGGCUCGCAGCUGCCGCUCUGCUCCUGGACUACCUGAGGAGGUCCAGAAAGAAAGGCUUCUACCAGCUGCCGCAGUCUGCCCCCCCUUCAGCCUAAAGCUAACCCUGGGCUACCACUUCCCACCAU